CUGUCACUCCGGUGACGUCACGGCGGGAUGAGCGGGCGGGCGGAGGUUAAAGUGAAAAUACCUUUUGGAAACAAAUACCUUGAUGCUAUCUUCUCUGUCCCAGAGAAGAAACCAACAUAUGGAGUGAUUCUUACUCAUGGAGCUGGAGGAGACAUGAAUUUCCCUCACUUGGUGUCCUUGGCAGCCUAUCUUGCAUCCCAUGGAGUUCUGUGCCUGCGGUUUACUUGUAAAGGCCUUAAUGUUGCCUACAGGACUAAGGCUUUCAAAGCAGUUGUGGAAUACUUAAAACUUUGUGAUGAUUAUAAACUUUCUGGUGUUUUCCUUGCAGGCCGUUCCAUGGGCUCAUGAGCUGCUGCCUCUGUGAUACGUCAGCUGAGCCAGGGUGAUGAUGAUGAUGAUGAUGAUGGCUUCAUUCAAGGUCUCGUGUGUUUAUCUUACCCAUUGCAUCGACCAAAACUGCAGUCCAAGCUCCGGGAUGAGGAUUUGUUACUGAUCACACGUCCAGUGCUGUUUGUUUCGGGAUCAGCAGAUGAGAUGUGUGAAAAACAAUUGCUAGAAGGUGUGGUGAGCAAAAUGAAAGCCCCUAAAAAAAUCCAUUGGAUUGAUAAAGCAAACCAUGGGAUGGCAGUCAAAGGACGAACAGCAGAUGAUGUCAUGGAAGAAGUAAAUGCACAGGUUUUUUCUUGGCUUAGAGAGAAUGUUCAACUGCAGCAAAAAUAAUUUGCAGUGUUCAAGCAGUAUCUUCAUUUAGUUUUUCCUAAAUGUGGCAAAUAAGGGGUUUGUUAUUUUUCAGAGGCAUAUUUUUUUAAAAACUGGUGUUUUCAGAGGUCUAAGUGCAAAUGCAAAUAAAGCUUUCUAUGAAUGAAAAGAAAAUGCAAACUAAUAAAGAAC